AUGGCCCAACCAAGCAUCCCAACCCGCCAAUUAGGCCGCGAUGGCCCUACCAUUCCCAUCCUAGGCCUUGGUCUCAUGGGGCUAAGCAGCUUUUACGGAACCCCUCCUCCUGAAGAAGAGCGACUCCAGUUCCUUGACCGCGCCCACGAGCUUGGCUGCAGGCACUGGGACACCGCUGCCCUGUCUGAUGGCGGGAGAGAAUUCAGAAACGAUCCAGAGUUUAUUAGGCAGGCUGUGAAAGAUGCUUUGAGCAGGCUGAAGACGGAUUAUAUUGAUUUGCUCUACUGCCAUCGCAUCAGCGGCAAAACGCCCAUCGAAGACAUCGUCUCCACAAUGAAAGAAUUUGUCGUGUAUCACCCCCCCCCCAAAGAACAUCUCCCUCGAACCCUGGCACUAACCCCUCUGAAACUGUCUAGCUCUGGCCAAGUCCGCUACCUAGGCCUCUCCGAAUGCGGCGCCGACACCCUGCGCCGCGCCGUCCGCAUUCAUCCCAUCCACGCCUACCAAGCCGAAUACUCCCCCUUCACACGCGACAUCGAACACCCUUCUCUCAACCUCCUUUCAACCUGUCGCGAGCUAGGCAUCGGCAUCGUGGCGUACUGUCCUCUGGGAAGGGGCAUGCUGACUGGGAAAUAUACUUCCCUUGAGCAAUUUGAGGCAGGGGAUUUCCGGAAGGCAGUGCCUAGAUUUAUGGGGGAAAAUUUCGAACGGAAUAUGGAGCUUGUUAGGGCGUUGGGGAAGGUUGCGGCGAGAAAGGGAUGCACAACAGGCCAGUUAGUGUUGGGGUGGUUAAUGAGGCAGGAGGGAGUGUUCCCCAUUCCGGGGACGAAGAGGGUGCAGUACUUAGAGGAGAAUUGGGGGGCGAAUGCGGUUUAUGGGGGGUUGACUGAAGAGGAGGUGAGAGAGUUGAGAGAGCUGAUCGAGGGGAUGCAGGUAUGGGGGGAGAGAUAUCCUGUCGCGAUGAUGGGAGGUUUGUUGAAGGAUACGCCGCCCAAGGAGUGA